CACACUGCCAUGAAAACCAAACCACUAUCCUUCUAACUGCUCCGCUGACUGACUGACUGCUCGCGACGCGGCGCGGUUCGCUUUCAUCUGACGGAAAAAGUAACUCAAAGUAUUUCUGCUGCCUUUCGCCUCAAAUCACGACCACCGGGGAGAGUUUGGCGGAGAAACGAAAGUGCGACAUAGUUGUUCUAUUUUUUUUUUUUUUUGCCUUUCUUAAAAUUUUUCCGGGUGAGAAUGAGGCGAAGCUGAGAUUGAGGAGAAACCCAGAGGGAGGAGGACUGAAGCUCACUUCAAGCAGCAGCAGCAGCAGCAAGAAAGUUGGAGCGUCUUUAAUGGAUAGAGCUACAUGACGAGCUGCAACAGGGACAUUUCCAGAGCACAAUACCUGCACAGCGAAGACGGGAGAGGAUGUUGACUUGGCUGAGGGAACAGAUAUGGGCGGACUGGAUUUGGUUUCCUGAAGGCCACGGCUGGGCUGACUUGACCGACCACGAUGGCAAAGUCUUCCCUAAAACGCGGGACCUUUGGGCGACUAUACCCAUCGCGCUCUGCUUCCUGGUCAUCAGGCAGAUAUUUGAGCGGAGAGUAGCGACUCCCCUGGCCUCUCUGCUGGGCGUCAGCGACAAGCAGCGUGUCCAUACACCUUCAAAUCCCACCCUGGAGUCUUAUUUCUGCAGUAUAUCGAAACAUCCCACACAGAGCUCCGUAGUAAGUUUAAGUAAACAGACGGGCUGCUCCGUGCGACAAGUCCAGAGGUGGUUCAGGCGCCGGAGAAACCAGGACCGGCCGAGCAAGCUGAAGAAGUUCAGAGAAGCGAGUUGGAGAUUUACCUUUUACCUUCUUGCUUUCUUUGCUGGCCUGGCCGUCCUCAUAGAUAAACCAUGGUUCUACGAAAUGAAGCUGAUGUGGGAAGACUUUCCAAAAAUGCCGCUGGUGCCUUCACAGUACUGGUACUACAUGAUCGAGCUGGGCUUCUACAUCUCGCUGCUUUUCAGUGUCGCAUCAGACAUCAAACGAAAGGAUUUCAAAGAACAAAUCGUUCAUCAUGUGGCAACAAUCUGCCUCAUCGGUUUCUCCUGGCUGGUCAACUACAUCCGCGCCGGGACUUUGAUCAUGUUGGUGCACGAUGCCGCCGACUAUCUAAUGGAGUCAGCCAAAAUGUUCAACUACGCAGGCUGGAGGAGGACCUGCAACUUCAUCUUCACCAUGUUCGCUGCAGUGUUCAUCAUCACGCGCCUCAUAAUCCUCCCUUUCUGGAUCAUACACACGACGUGGGUGUACCCGCUGACGAUCUACCGCCCCUUCAUCGGCUUCUACUUCUUCAAUGGGCUGCUGCUGGUGCUGCAGGUCCUGCACAUCUUCUGGGCCGUGCUCAUUCUGCGCAUGGUCGUCAAAUUCCUGCCAGGCAAUGAUAUUGUGGAAGAUGAGCGCAGCGAUAAGGAGGAGACCGAGUCGGAGGAUGAAGAUGAGGAUCACGAGCCGAGGGAAAAGUCUAAAAACGGCCACGUGCAGAACGGCCACGCUUUCCUCAAUAACAACCACAGUAAGAUGGACUGAUUGGGGACCGGGCUGCGCGAGGAGUGAGGAUGGCUCACCUGAAAGCCAAAGAGCGUGAGCGGACUUGUUGAAAGAGGCAACACACACACACACACACACACACACACACACACACACACACACACACUUGCAUAUCUACACACUGAUGUCAUAUCCCUCCCCCCUGAAUCCCCAGUAGGUAGUCCAGUGUGGAUAAUUUCCUCUCUCGGUGGAUUACACUAAAUUAAUUAAGAAGAGGAAGGCUUCAGAGGAGUUACCUCCAUGAUCUGCUUGGUUCCUAAGCAGCAGAGCGGGUUUCUCUUCUCUUUUCUUCCUUCCUCUUCCAUCCAUUUCUUAGCUAUUUGCCAAGAUUUCCUUGCAGAUGACCAAGUUGCCAAACCUGCCUGCUUGUAACUUUUCUUUUUUUUUUUUUUUUUUAAAUGUUACUGAAGUGUUUUCAGGAAGUCCUGCGAUGCGGACGGGGUGUUACCCCCUCAUUCCUGCACUCGCUCAGACUUACACCUGCCCUUAAACGACUGAUUUUUUUUUUUCCUGAUCUGACUAACCACCGCUGCAGUCAGUGACGCCUGUGGAAGUGGCAGUGACUUUCUGUGGACCCUCCACCAGAUUCAAGUCAGCUCGCUCCGAAUAAAGAAUAUUUCAGGGUAUUACAGCUGCCGUUCUUUCACCUGACGCCGGUUGUGGUAACUUCAGUUCCCGUGGAGAUUUGAAACUAAAUAAUUGUUGACAAAAAAAAUUUUAACAGGCUGAAAGAAAGUGCUAUAUCUGCCUUGUAUAAAUAGUGAAAUGUGCCUUUGUGGAAGCAUUUUGUUUGUUGGGAAAAGAUUGUUUUAAAUGUUUGUUUUCUUUAUUGGUCUAUCUUUUAGUUCUAUAUGAUUUUAUUUUUUUUUUCCCACCCCAGCCUGUGGUUUGAAUUUGGGAGCAAUUUCUUUGAGUGUAACCCAAACCAAUCAGUCAUUUUGUAUCGAUUAUUCUGGAUCUCAAAGUGUCAAUAGCAUUUCAUUCAGUGUUGUUUUCUCCCUCCAUCCAAAGAUGCACUUUAUUGUUUCUUCUAUAGUUUAGCAUUGAAUAGAAAUCUAGAAAUGGGCUUUGUAAUGUUCCAACCUAAAUGUGACUUUCUUUUUGAGUAUAAUUUCAAUUUUUCUGUAUUUAUUUCCAUAAUUCUAUCAUUAUUCAAGCCCCAAGAUCUCCCAGCUUGGCUUCGGUUUUGGUUCAACAAGAAAUGUAAAGAGGUACAAACGAAACACCAAAGUAUGGUUUACAUUUUCUAUGUCAUUUGCGAAGUGCCUUGAACAUUUCAAAUGUUUAUUAUUUUGAACAAAAAAAAAGAAAAGAAAAGAAUUCCCUUUAUCUCUGUUUGCGUCGUCUUUGUGGCCGAAGGCUUCUCCAGGUCUCUAAUAGCUCUCCUGGAAGCCUGUUGACCUGCAGCUCGCUCUGCAGAGCUUUGCUUCUGCCGAAGUGCUUCUGUUCUGCGUUCCUGUGCCGCUGAAAUGUAAAAAAGUCGCGAUGACGGUUAUGAUAAACAGAACUGUGGAUAACUAUCCUGUGUUUUUCUGCUUUUAAUUUAUAUCCAAAUUUGCAUUUUCCUUUUUUUGAUGGGGAAAAUGAAAUUAAAACCAAGAUAAGAUGCAUAGAAGUGAUUAAAAAAGUUUAGAUAAGGAGACGUUCAGUAGAAGCUUUUCUCUUUAAAUAAGUAACAUGUAUUAUUUUUUCUCUGUUAUCAAAUGUUCUGUGAAUAUGGUUAUAGGUAGAGUGUAUCAACACAAUCUUUUAAACAUUAAAAAAGAGUGACUUUGAA